AUGCAUGUUUGCCGAUUUAAGAGACUCAUAUUUGAGGUGUAUUUCUAAAAGAAGUAUCCUCUGCAUAUUGGUUAGCAGUACACCACCGUAUACUUCCAUUAUCACUCCACAGAAAUUAAAAAAGGGGGCACCCGUAAUUAUUUCUAACCGUCGAUAUAAGAAUAAUCAGAACUCACUACGAAGAUUCGAGGAGAAUUUUGGUAUGGCACAAUAUGUAGCGGAUUAUAAAUUGAAACGAGAGACGAAGAUUUUGAAGCGAUCAGUCCUGAAUUCACAGAUUGUGAAAAAAUAUCCAAUUACUGAAUACGUUUCUGCGAAUGCUCGCUCAAUGCCUAUGCAGACAACUUUAACAUCGGGAAAUGAAAGCACUACAACUAGAGAUUAUCCAAUAUCUUCCAGGCUUACUCCAUCUAACACUCGCAACCUUCCAGCUACCAUUGCGAUAUCUAUAGGAGUAAACAGAGAGACAGAAACAGGAGAUAGAAAUCGGAUGCUUCGAGAGCUGAGUGUCUUGUGAAACAGGAAAUAGACAAAAGCAAGUGAUAUCAUGAAUCGGAUGCUCUUGCGAAUACAAGCGGAAUAAAACAAGUUUCGC